UCCUCCACUUGUCGCCAUUUCCCCAGUUGGUUUAAGGUUUACUGUGCGUUAUUUUAAUACCAAAAAAAAAAUGAAAUCGAUUCUCGUUGUGUUAUUCCUGACAAUUGGAUAUGUGUAUGGCAGGACUGUACCAAUCAAACCAACCGAUAUAAGUGUUGACUCGUUAAGUGGUAAUCCAGUACCUCUAGUUCGGAAAGCUCGUCAAUUCGGCUACGGUAACUAUGGAGGUGGAGGAUAUGGGGGAUAUGGAGGAUAUGGUGGAUAUAACAACUUCGACUUCAAUCCAUACAAUGACACGCCCAACAACUAUGAUGGCAAUCCAUUCAACGAUUCACCUCAUCGCCAAACCUACAACAACUUUGAUUUGAACCCGUUCAAUAAUUCACCAAACAACUACGACCUUAAUCCAUUCAACAAUUCAAAUUUCUUCGGAAAGAAGAAGUAGUGUGUCCAUUUUGGUUCAAUAGUUGUACCAGAAAUGUGCAAGAGUUUUUUUUUUUCAAUAAAACGAAACCGAUGUGGCGAGUGAAUUAA